AUGCCCCCCAAAAACCCCCCAGGGACCCCGAAAAGCCCCGCAGCUUUGACCACGCCCCCUACUCUGGCCCCGCCCACAAAGCCCCCGCCCCUCACCGGAGAGCAGCGCCACCCCGCGGGCCGUGUCCUCCCGGUACCGGCUCCGCACCAGGCCCCGCCCCCUCGGUUAGCCCCGCCCCUCACCGGAGAGCAGCGCCACCCCGCGGGCCGUGUCCUCCCGGUACCGGCUCCGCACCAGGCCCCGCCCCCUCGGUUAGCCCCGCCCCUCACCGGAGAGCAGCGCCACCCCGCGGGCCGUGUCCUCCCGGUACCGGCUCCGCACCAGGCCCCGCCCCCUCGGUUAGCCCCGCCCCUCACCGGAGAGCAGCGCCACCCCGCGGGCCGUGUCCUCCCGGUACCGGCUCCGCACCAGGCCCCGCCCCCUCGGUUAGCCCCGCCCCUCACCGGAGAGCAGCGCCACCCCGCGGGCCGUGUCCUCCCGGUACCGGCUCCGCACCAGGCCCCGCCCCCUCGGUUAGCCCCGCCCCUCACCGGAGAGCAGCGCCACCCCGCGGGCCGUGUCCUCCCGGUACCGGCUCCGCACCAGGCCCCGCCCCCUCGGUUAGCCCCGCCCCUCACCGGAGAGCAGCGCCACCCCGCGGGCCGUGUCCUCCCGGUACCGGCUCCGCACCAGGCCCCGCCCCCUCGGUUAGCCCCGCCCCUCACCGGAGAGCAGCGCCACCCCGCGGGCCGUGUCCUCCCGGUACCGGCUCCGCACCAGGCCCCGCCCCCUCGGUUAGCCCCGCCCCUCACCGGAGAGCAGCGCCACCCCGCGGGCCGUGUCCUCCCGGUACCGGCUCCGCACCAGGCCCCGCCCCCUCGGUUAGCCCCGCCCCUCACCGGAGAGCAGCGCCACCCCGCGGGCCGUGUCCUCCCGGUACCGGCUCCGCACCAGGCCCCGCCCCCUCGGUUAGCCCCGCCCCUCACCGGAGAGCAGCGCCACCCCGCGGGCCGUGUCCUCCCGGUACCGGCUCCGCACCAGGCCCCGCCCCCUCGGUUAGCCCCGCCCCUCACCGGAGAGCAGCGCCACCCCGCGGGCCGUGUCCUCCCGGUACCGGCUCCGCACCAGGCCCCGCCCCCUCGGUUAGCCCCGCCCCUCACCGGAGAGCAGCGCCACCCCGCGGGCCGUGUCCUCCCGGUACCGGCUCCGCACCAGGCCCCGCCCCCUCGGUUAGCCCCGCCCCUCACCGGAGAGCAGCGCCACCCCGCGGGCCGUGUCCUCCCGGUACCGGCUCCGCACCAGGCCCCGCCCCCUCGGUUAGCCCCGCCCCUCACCGGAGAGCAGCGCCACCCCGCGGGCCGUGUCCUCCCGGUACCGGCUCCGCACCAGGCCCCGCCCCCUCGGUUAGCCCCGCCCCUCACCGGAGAGCAGCGCCACCCCGCGGGCCGUGUCCUCCCGGUACCGGCUCCGCACCAGGCCCCGCCCCCUCGGUUAGCCCCGCCCCUCACCGGAGAGCAGCGCCACCCCGCGGGCCGUGUCCUCCCGGUACCGGCUCCGCACCAGGCCCCGCCCCCUCGGUUAGCCCCGCCCCUCACCGGAGAGCAGCGCCACCCCGCGGGCCGUGUCCUCCCGGUACCGGCUCCGCACCAGGCCCCGCCCCCUCGGUUAGCCCCGCCCCUCACCGGAGAGCAGCGCCACCCCGCGGGCCGUGUCCUCCCGGUACCGGCUCCGCACCAGGCCCCGCCCCCUCGGUUAGCCCCGCCCCUCACCGGAGAGCAGCGCCACCCCGCGGGCCGUGUCCUCCCGGUACCGGCUCCGCACCAGGCCCCGCCCCCUCGGUUAGCCCCGCCCCUCACCGGAGAGCAGCGCCACCCCGCGGGCCGUGUCCUCCCGGUACCGGCUCCGCACCAGGCCCCGCCCCCUCGGUUAGCCCCGCCCCUCACCGGAGAGCAGCGCCACCCCGCGGGCCGUGUCCUCCCGGUACCGGCUCCGCACCAGGCCCCGCCCCCUCGGUUAGCCCCGCCCCUCACCGGAGAGCAGCGCCACCCCGCGGGCCGUGUCCUCCCGGUACCGGCUCCGCACCAGGCCCCGCCCCCUCGGUUAGCCCCGCCCCUCACCGGAGAGCAGCGCCACCCCGCGGGCCGUGUCCUCCCGGUACCGGCUCCGCACCAGGCCCCGCCCCCUCGGUUAGCCCCGCCCCUCACCGGAGAGCAGCGCCACCCCGCGGGCCGUGUCCUCCCGGUACCGGCUCCGCACCAGGCCCCGCCCCCUCGGUUAGCCCCGCCCCUCACCGGAGAGCAGCGCCACCCCGCGGGCCGUGUCCUCCCGGUACCGGCUCCGCACCAGGCCCCGCCCCCUCGGUUAGCCCCGCCCCUCACCGGAGAGCAGCGCCACCCCGCGGGCCGUGUCCUCCCGGUACCGGCUCCGCACCAGGCCCCGCCCCCUCGGUUAGCCCCGCCCCUCACCGGAGAGCAGCGCCACCCCGCGGGCCGUGUCCUCCCGGUACCGGCUCCGCACCAGGCCCCGCCCCCUCGGUUAGCCCCGCCCCUCACCGGAGAGCAGCGCCACCCCGCGGGCCGUGUCCUCCCGGUACCGGCUCCGCACCAGGCCCCGCCCCCUCGGUUAGCCCCGCCCCUCACCGGAGAGCAGCGCCACCCCGCGGGCCGUGUCCUCCCGGUACCGGCUCCGCACCAGGCCCCGCCCCCUCGGUUAGCCCCGCCCCUCACCGGAGAGCAGCGCCACCCCGCGGGCCGUGUCCUCCCGGUACCGGCUCCGCACCAGGCCCCGCCCCCUCGGUUAGCCCCGCCCCUCACCGGAGAGCAGCGCCACCCCGCGGGCCGUGUCCUCCCGGUACCGGCUCCGCACCAGGCCCCGCCCCCUCGGUUAGCCCCGCCCCUCACCGGAGAGCAGCGCCACCCCGCGGGCCGUGUCCUCCCGGUACCGGCUCCGCACCAGGCCCCGCCCCCUCGGUUAGCCCCGCCCCUCACCGGAGAGCAGCGCCACCCCGCGGGCCGUGUCCUCCCGGUACCGGCUCCGCACCAGGCCCCGCCCCCUCGGUUAGCCCCGCCCCUCACCGGAGAGCAGCGCCACCCCGCGGGCCGUGUCCUCCCGGUACCGGCUCCGCACCAGGCCCCGCCCCCUCGGUUAGCCCCGCCCCUCACCGGAGAGCAGCGCCACCCCGCGGGCCGUGUCCUCCCGGUACCGGCUCCGCACCAGGCCCCGCCCCCUCGGUUAGCCCCGCCCCUCACCGGAGAGCAGCGCCACCCCGCGGGCCGUGUCCUCCCGGUACCGGCUCCGCACCAGGCCCCGCCCCCUCGGUUAGCCCCGCCCCUCACCGGAGAGCAGCGCCACCCCGCGGGCCGUGUCCUCCCGGUACCGGCUCCGCACCAGGCCCCGCCCCCUCGGUUAGCCCCGCCCCUCACCGGAGAGCAGCGCCACCCCGCGGGCCGUGUCCUCCCGGUACCGGCUCCGCACCAGGCCCCGCCCCCUCGGUUAGCCCCGCCCCUCACCGGAGAGCAGCGCCACCCCGCGGGCCGUGUCCUCCCG